AUGGGCGCUCCCGCAUGGGGAUCCCGUGGUGGCGGAGGCGAUCGACCGCGACUACUGCGCAUGACGCCACUGCGUCACAGCUUUGCUGCGCCCGCAUCACCGCCCGCGCCACCCCCAGUAAGAACUCAUGACUAUGCAUCCGACGCAGAUACUACCAAAAAAGAGGAUGGAUGGAACGCAAAUCUAUCGCAAAGAUGGCGAAAACUACGUCGUCGAUGCUCCCGUCUACGACCGGGGUCGGGCAAUCGAGAGGCAAGUCCUGUCCGAUGUUCGCCAUCACCUCCUAGACCACCAUCUCACUGCUCUCCUGCACCACCUUCUAAAUUGUCCUUCAGACACCGGGGAAAAGUUUACACUACAGCAUCUUUACGUGUAACCAGUGGAGCUCCAGAUAUUUUGCGAGCUUUGGGAAAACUUGGUGGAGGAUUGCGACGGAGAGCAUUAUCCGCACAUGACGUGCUAGCGCCACCACAGCAGCAACCAUCUACUUUUUAUGUUCCUAGUCCUACAGCCACACGGCAUCCGCCGUCACCGUCUCCACCAAGACAAUCAACUACAAUACGGAGGCGAUGUAGUUCCCCAAACGUUUACAGAGCCAAGGAUUCUGGUGGCGUAAAAGAUCGUGCACCUCUAAUCACUCAGGAAGAUGAAAGCCGCGAUGUAGUCGACUUCUCUUAUAUUCCAGAAAGAAGAAAGAAUAAUUCGGAAGGAAGAAGUAGGCGUCCAUACAGUGAGAACGUGGAAUUAGAUGUUCCAUACAGAAAUGGAUACAAUCGCCUAUCGCCCUGUGAGGUUUCGCAGAGGUUAUGGGAGGAACCGUACCGAUUACCAAGAGUACAGUCACGACAAGAAUCAAUGCAGCACUUACGGAAUGGAGUGGCAGAGUUACGUGUGAGUGCAACACCGAGGUCUGCCCGCCCACCUCCUGCGCCACCGAUAUCAGUACAAGUCGGAAAACGACCACCAGCACCCGAACCCAGAGACACACACUCAUUUGAGGUGCGAUUUACGAAGUCAGCAGGUGGAAAAGGUCUCGGUUUUAGCAUUGUGGGUGGUCGGGAUUCACCGCGGGGCGACAUGGGCAUUUUUGUUAAAACCAUUUUCAAUAAUGGCCAGGCAGCUGAGUCUGCACUUAGAGAAGGUGAUGAGAUCGUCUCGGUAAACGGUCGCGGUACAGCAGGCCUGACACACGGCGAGGCUAUCCGGCUGUUCAAGGAUGUGCGCGCUGGGCCGGUCCUGCUUCGAGUCACACGGCGCAUACAGCCUCGCUGA